UGUUCGUGGUUUGAUCGUCGCAAUCGUCCGUCCGUUGCUGCCGUCGACACGCAAGGGAUCGUCAUGGGGUGUAACUUGUCGCUGUGUCCAAGUCGUCCCGAGAUGAAGGACGAAGAAUCGAUCGACGGAGUCGAUGUGCAUGCCACGACGAGCGUACAUGCGGUCGAUGUACCCGUCGUGGUGGCUCCAGUCCAAGUGACGACAACGCCUUCCCAACUAUUCUUUCGCGACAAGUAUGUUCUUGGAGGUACGCUGGGCGAGGGAAGCUUUGCCAUCGUCAAGAAAGCGCGCAACAAAGAGACGGGGGUAUCGUACGCUGUCAAAGUCUUCAAAAAGGACGCGCUGUCGGACCAGGACGACUGCGACAUUCACAGCGAAGUUGCGAUCCUGGGCCGAUUGAACCACGCGAACGUGCUGAAUUUGGUGGAUUUCUUCUCCGAGCCCAAGUACUACUACAUCGUCACAGACUUGUGCGAAGGCGGCGAGUUGUUUGACCGAAUCGCACAAUUGUCGUACUACACGGAAAGGGAAGCGCGAAAUCUGGUCAAGGUCCUCCUCACAGCCAUCGCAUACUGCCACGACCUGGGCAUCGUCCAUCGCGACUUGAAGCCCGAGAACAUUUUGAUGCUUGACAAAGAAGACAAUGCGUCCAUCAAGAUUGCCGACUUUGGGUUUGCCAAGGACGCCGCCGCCGUCAAUGGCUUGACCACGACGUGUGGGUCUCCCGAAUACGUCGCCCCAGAGAUCAUCGGACGAUCAGAUACCGCCCAAACAUACGGCAAACCCGUCGACAUUUGGAGCAUCGGCGUGAUAACGUACGUCCUCCUUGGCGGGUACACGCCGUUCCACGACGACAACCAGAGCAUCCUCUUCGACAACAUCUGCCGCGGCCGGUUUAUUUUUUACUCGCCCGAUUGGGACGAGAUCUCGGACGAUGCCAAGGCGUUCAUCACGAUGGCACUGACAGUGGACCCAUCCCACCGCCCUACAGCCACGGAACUCCUUUGCGAUCCGUGGAUUGUCGACGAAAAUGUGUCGAUGUACCAAUUGUCGGGCGUGCAAGAAAAGCUGCCCAUGCUGCACACGUCCGCCAACAAGUUCAAAGCCGCCGUGAAUGCGACGAUGCUCGUCAACCGAUUUCGUGCCAAGUCAUCGGCCGACUCCCCCCCGUCCCCCCGCUACGUGUCGUUGUAAGCUCCUGAAUAUACUUGUUUUUAUCACCUUAGCUACUCCAUUACUGUGACUUUAAUGGAAUAAGUACACCC